GGUCAGAGAACUGCCUUCCUUUCCCAAGACCUGCAAGCUGUUCUGUCCAAGGAAGCAGCUGAGUUGUAACAAUGUUACAACCCAAAGAGAAGCGUUUGGGGAUGGCAGAACUAUAGUCAAAGCAGCAAAUUCCAGGAUUUCUCCCCUGACUGUCAGAUCUGGGAAGCUUUGAAUUGCAGUCAAUCUUUUGACACUGUCAAUGGAAAGAAGAGCCUCGGGAUGCCCUUCAGCCUUGCAACACAAUCUGUGAAGUUUGUACAAGUGGCCUUCCCAACAUGUACCGCAUCUCUCAGCUCACAUCUACAUCAGUAGCAAGUUCUCCUGGUCUGGAAAGAGAAUCAACUGAAACACUGUCACCCAGAUGCAUUUUCCCAAGCUAUGAUUGUACUUUUCUGGAUGGUGACACCCCAUUGGAAUGCUGUUCCACAAAUCCCCUGACAGGUUCUCAUUUUAUUUGCCGCCGAAGCCCCCGGCUCCUCACCAAUGGCUAUUACAUUUUGACAGAGGACAGCUUUCUUUCUGAUGAAGAUGGCAACAUCACUCUGAGUCCCACUCAGACGAGUGUUGUAUACAAAGAGAAUUUGGUCAGAAUAUUCAGGAAAAAAAAGAAAAUCCGCCGUUCUCUCUCUGAGCUAUUCAAUCUCAGUGCCUCUAACCCUUGGCUUCGUCAAGGUGUUUUUAGUGAUAUGGACUCUUCCCCAGGAGAAGAUGUAUGGAUUGAAGGAGCCAGUAACCUUGAGGAUGUUUAUCAGUUAUACAAGGAUGGUAAUCAAGGUCAUUCUGAAUUUUCUUCUGCAUCUCAACCAUGGUUGUCAGAAAAACAAACUCCAGAAUCUGCUGAAAUCUCAUCAUCCAUCAAUGUAGUCCUUCAGCAUUCUAAAGAGAAUCUGGGUGUUGUGCCUUCUCAGUCCCAACUGAUUAUUCCUGAACAUUUCCAGGAGGGAAUUUUACAUCAUUCAAAGUCCAAUACAUUUCAAGAGGUCCUUUUUCCAGUAAUCAUGUUCACAACAUGCUUAAUCAUUUCAGCAUGUACAAGAUACUCUCUGGGAGGAUUAUUCACUGCCCUUUUGACAUUUUCACUGAUGUUCAUCCUAAUUUUUACUGAAGAUCUUAUUAGGCGAAAUGCAGAACAUAACGACUCUGAAAUUUUUUCCUUGGAGGAACUCUCCUUGCACCAACAAGAAAUUCAAAAACUAGAAAAUAUUGACAAAUGGUGUCAGGAUUUAAAAAUUCUCUACCUUCAAAACAAUCUCAUUGCAAAAAUUGAAAAUAUUAGCAGACUAAAGAAGUUACAGUAUCUGAAUUUAGCUUUGAACAACAUUGAAAAAAUUGAAAAUUUGGAAGGAUGUGAAGGAUUGGAAAAACUGGAUCUGACAGUAAAUUUUGUUGGAGAAUUGAGCAGCAUUAAAAUUCUUCAGCAUAAUAUACAUCUUAAAGAAAUUUUUCUUAUGGGUAAUCCAUGUGCAGACUUUGAAGGAUACAGAGAGUUUGUGGUUGCUACUCUUCAACAAUUGCAACGUUUGGAUGGCAAGGAAAUAGAACGAUCAGAGAGGAUUAAGGCAUUGCAGAACUACCCAGUAAUUGAACAAAAAAUCAGAGAGCAGGAAAAGGCUUAUUGCCUCAAAAGAUCCAAAGAGAAAGAAGAGGCUGAGAGAAAACUUCAAGAAGAGGAAGAGAAGGAAAAACAGAAGGAAAACAGAAGUAAUCCAGGCUUCGAUGAACAUUCAUACACAAACAUCGACAACAUGAUUCCAUAUUCUCUGCUGCCAAAGAAAGACAACCAACAACCAGCAAUAGAAGAGAAGAAAGUUAGUGAAAAGACACCAGAUGAAUUGGACAAAGAAUUCUGGGAGAAGCCCACCGUAUUUACCCCUGAGUCUAGACUAGAAACUCAUAGAUAUUUGGAAAAACAAAGGAAAGAUAAAGAAAAAUUAAGUGAUAGAAAGAAGAAACAAAAGCCACCUAGGACUUUGAUCACUGCAGAUGGACGAGUGUUGAAUAUUAAUGAACCAAAGCUCGAUUUUUCUUUGAAAGAUGAUGAAGAAAAUAAUCAAAUUGUCCUGGAUCUUGCUGUAUAUAGGUUCAUGGAUACUUCUCUAAUUGAUGUUGAUGUGCAGCCAACUUAUGUUCGAGUAAUGGUCAAGGGGAAGCCAUUUCAACUUGUACUUCCUGUCGAGGUGAAACCUGAUGGCAGUUUUGCUAAAAGAUCUCAGACAACUGGACACCUGGUGAUCACCAUGCCAAAGGUAGGAGAAGUAAUUGUGGCUAACAGAAAAGCAUGUAAGCCUGUGAAAAACCCGGAAGGAAACAAAUUUCAAGAAAAGAAAGGAAGCAAACAAAUUGAGAAACUAGAAGUAGAUCCCAGCAAGUAUUCAUUCCCUGAUGUGACUAAUAUAGUCCAAGAGAAAAAAACCACUUCAGGAAGAAUCCAAGCUAAACCUCAGAUGGUACCGUGUGCUGAAGACCCAGACUUUGAAGAUAACCUUGAAGUACCACCUUUGAUUUAAACCUUCGGAAAGUACUUUCAUUGAUUAUGAUUUGCAUGAUCUGUUUCCUACAGUUCAGAAAAUGCAUCAUAAUAAGUUAAAAUUAUAUUGUAGCUUAAUCUAUAGCAAAAUGAUUUCUAUUAUAU